AUGAAGUGCCUUACUCUUCCAUUGCUGCAGUUGUUGCUCGGGUUUCAUCAUAGGGUCCAUUCCAUCAUAAAGCAAAUGAACCCUUUCGAAUUCCAGCUCAGCAGCAGAUGGUGGUCUGUUAGCUUCCGGUGCUGGGGCCGCUGGUUCAUCGUCAGCAUUGGGGAGAUCAGCAGUUGCGAUGACCUGAUCUUGGAUUGGGGAUAUGAACCCUUCUGUCUCAGCAAACAGGUUACCAGAGCGGAGUUUGGGAAGUCUAGGUUUCAUCAUAGGGUCCACUCCAUCCAUCAUAAAGCAAAUGAAUCCUUUCGAAUUCCAGCUCAGAAGCAGAGGGUGGCCUGUUGGCCUCCGGUACAGGGGCCACUGGUUCAUCGUAAGCAUUGGGGAGAUCAGCAGGUCACUGACGACAUAGAAGAAAUAGAAGAUAACCGUGAUUUAGAUGCCUCUGAAGAUAGUAAACAGGAUGAUGAAGAUCAGUUCAAUUUAAAAGACCAAAACCUCUUCCUAAAAAACGUGCUAAAAAAUAUUGAUAUAGAAAAUAAAAUGAACGAAGCAUACGACUAUAUAAAACAAAUGACUCAAAAACCCCAAAUCCCGCAAGAUGAAUGUUCAUUAUACACACAAUUAUUGUGCAAAAAAUUGAGAGGCUUACCAGAAAAUACACGUGAAAUAGCGAUGUUGGAAAUUGAUAGAUUGAUUUUCAAUCUGAAGCAAAAAGAACUAUCGUCAAACCCACAUGCACAAAUACUAAUCAACCCACCACCAGCCCACGAAUUUUGGACAUUCCGGCAAUCUCUACUAUCAGCCAUCCACAUCCUACCAUCCAUAUCCUUCUCCACAGCAAUCCCCAACCUAUCAUCCAUCGCCUUCUUCACAGUCAUCCCCAAACUAUCAUCCAUCGCCUUCUCCACAGCAAUCCCCAACCUAUCAUCCAUCGCCUUCUUCACAGUCAUCCCCAAACUAUCAUCCAUCGCCUUCUCCACAGCCAUCCCCAACCUAUCAUCCAUCGCCUCCUUCACAGCCAUCCCCAACCUAUCAUUCAUUAUCUUCUCGACAGCCAUCCCCAACUAUCCAUCUCCACAGCUGUCGCAAGUCGAAACAUCAGCUUCGCAAAGUCUAUUAAAAGAUUUCUAUGAAGAGGAGGGUAGUAAUUUAGUUUAA